AUGGAUCAGGCUCACAAAUCAAUCAUCACAGAAAUUCUACCAAAUACUAAGAGAACUCUAGAGAGGAGAUAGAAACAGUUGGAGGAGGAGUAGAAGAAGAAAAGAGAAUAAGAGACACAAUAAAAGGAGUAGGCGGAAAAGUAGAAGAAAUUCCAACAAUAUUUGAUUGAAUAGGAGAGAAUUAAGAAAUAAGAGGAAGACAGAAAAAAGGAAGAAGAAAAAAGAAGCUAAGAAGAAAUACAAUAAAUGAAUACAUUAAAGGGGGAAUACGGUAACAUGAUGAUCGAUUUGGCUACUGGAGAUUCUAAGUUGGAUUACACAAUUUCAGGAUUGGAUUUAAGACCAACAUAAAUUAGAGUUUUGGUAAAGGUUACAGAAAAUAAUAAUACCUUAAAAGGUUUAUCAAUGAGUAGGAAACGCAUAGGAGAUGAAGAAGGAUAAGAGAUAGCAGCAAGUUUAGAAAAGAAUAUGGUCUUAGAGAGAUUAGAACUAGAAGGCAACCACCUUGGGUCUAAGACAUUGAUUGCCAUCUCAAAAUUAUUAGAAUUCAAUAAAUCUAUUCGCGUUAUUGAUUUAGAAAAUAAUAAUUUGACUAAUCAUGACAAAGAUAGAAAUACAUAUGAUUAUAGUGGAAUAUACGCCUUAUGUGAGGCUCUUGAAAAAAACGACACUCUCUUAUAAUUAAAUGUAUGUAACUGCAAACUUGAUGAAAAAUGUGGUGAGGCUUUGGCUAAUGCUUUAAGAGAUAACACAAGUUUAAUUUGUUUGGAUAUUACUGAAAAUCCAAAGAUGAAUUUGAAUGAUGUUAGAAAAUGCUAGGAAUAUUUGAUUAGAAAUAAAAAGAUAUAUGAUGAUGAACGAUAUAGAGAAUUCUAAGAAAGGUAAAGAAUUAGAAAUGAAGAUUAAACCUCCACUAUUUAAAUGCAAGAUAAGGAAAAGGCUAUUACAGCCUAGGAGGGUAUAGAAUAAAGAAUGAAUGCCAGAAGACUUGAGUUGGAAUAACAUUGGAAAGAAGAAUUGGAAAAGGAGGCUAAAUUAAAAGAAAAAACUGUGCAUAACUUAAUGAAGCAAGCCAAAUUGCUUGGUAAAAAGAAAGGCAAAGGAGGUGGUGCAAAAAAAAAGUGAUAUAGUUUGAUUAUUGGUUUGAAUUAAUAUUAGAAUAAUCAAA